AUGGCAGCCCAGGAAGCCACUCUGAGCAGCGAGUCAGAGGAGAGCAGCGCUUUGGAUCUGCCAACAGCUUAUGACAUAAGAGACUACGUGCUGCAGAAGCCCAGCCAGGAAGUCAACAGUGAGGCUUUUAGUUCUCCGGAAGCCUUUUCUUUUCCUUGCUCUUCUGAUGUGGAUCCAGACACCAGUAACCUAAAGACUGAACAAAAUGAUUCCUGGACCUCUGAGAACUUCUGGCUUGACCCUUCUGUGAAAAGCCAACCAGAAACACAGGAGGAAGAGGAUGGACUUCGGAAAUCCCUGGAUAGAUUCUAUGAAAUGUUUGGCCAUUCACAGCUAGCCUCUCGAAACCCACUGUCUGAGUCUGUCUUCCAGUGCCUGUCUCAGAAAAUUGCAGAACUGAAGGGCCAGGAGAGCCAAAAGUAUGUCCUCCGCAGUUUUCAAAUGGCCCAGGUCAUCUUCAACCGGGAUGGGUGCUCCAUCUUACAGAGACAUUCCAGGGACACCUCCUUCUACCCAUUAGGGGAAGGAAGUAUGUCUCUGGAUGAUGAAAAGCCAACUCCAGGACUUUCCAAAGAUAUUAUUCAUUUCCUCUUACAGCAUAAUGUGAUGAAAGACUCCUAG